GGCGUCUAAAGGCCAGCUGCCACCUUCCCACUGACGUGCUAAGCUAGUGUGAGAUGGUUUAUCGGCUAUUUCCAAGGGGAAAUAGCCAUUUUCUACUCCUCUCAAGGGCUUUAAUGUAGUUGAGUUGAGUUUUUUUUCCUGAUUUGACCCUGGUGUACAAGCAUCAGCCGCAAUAUUGACUCAUGUCCGUGGGUCCAACAGCUCAGAGAGCAUUGAGCAAUACCUGUCACCCAUAAGGAGGAGUACUGUAGACGCCCCCAUUGCUGUUGCUUGUCUACCCUUUAUUGACCAAUCAGCUGCCAUGCUUUUAGCAGCACUCCUGCUGCCUGCACUGGGUAAAUAGAAGUGUCUGACACUUUGUUUGCCCAUGCCAGUUGCUUAACCAUUUAUGAGUGCUUGGUAAGCAUCCACACCUGGGCUGCAGGCCUGUUUGGCCUCAGUGGGCAUUAAUAACCAUUAUUUCCAUCAUGACAGUAUUUACACUUCAUUUUCUCAGUUUUGGUUGCAUGUUUCCCUCUUGGGAGUUUGUGUUGAAAUAUGGCAAUAUUCCAAAUCAACAGCGUGGAAAUAAAGAAUGGGGACAUCUCUCACCAGGCUAUGGAGGCAGAGUGCAGGGGCCAGGCUGGGCAGACCCUAUGAAAGAACACUUGGGACAGAGGGGAGGAGUAAAAAUCCACUGUGCACAGUUUGUACAGUCUGGGAGGUGAAUUAGUGUGGAGCCCAGAAACUUAGGCUGCGGCUCAAGUCUGACUUUUACCGACCUGCGAAUGAUCUAUGCUGAAACACGUUGUGACUUUUUGCGGUUUCAUCUGAAUUCUGGGCUGCUCAAAUCCACACAGGAAUCAAUCUAACAGAUGUUUUCAGCAAUUCCUGCCUGUUUCAGCAGUCGGCAACAUGUUGGAGCAAGUUCUGUCGUUUGGCCGUUCUCUGGUGCGCCGAAAGUUGGUUGAUCUCAGCAGCUUGGAGGACUCCAAACUCUGCCGCUGCCUGGGUACUGUGGACCUCAUCGCCCUGGGAGUGGGCAGCACACUGGGUGCCGGUGUUUAUGUACUGGCUGGUGAGGUGGCCAAGGGAGACUCUGGUCCCAGCAUUGUUAUCUCCUUCUUAAUUGCUGCACUGGCCUCCGUCAUGGCUGGCCUUUGUUAUGCUGAGUUUGGAGCUCGGGUCCCAAAGACUGGUUCUGCUUACCUUUACAGUUAUGUGACUGUAGGGGAGAUUUGGGCCUUUAUCACUGGUUGGAACCUGAUUCUCUCCUAUGUGAUUGGAACCUCCUCAGUCGCUCGGGCUUGGAGUGGAACAUUUGAUGAAAUAACCGGAGGACACAUCGAGAUAUUUUGUAAAACUUACUUCAGCAUGAACUCUCCUGGUCUGGCUCAGUACCCUGACUUCUUUGCUGUGUGUCUGAUUCUUCUGCUGUCUGGCCUCUUGUCAUUCGGGGUGAAGGAGUCAGCGUGGGUCAAUAAAGUCUUCACCUCAGUCAAUGUGCUUGUACUACUCUUCGUCAUCAUCUCCGGCUUUGUCAAAGGAGACGUACGCAACUGGAAGAUAACAGAAGAAUCUCUAGUAAAUGUCACCAUCGUCGCCAGGAAUUUAUCAGUGACGGGCAAUGUGAGCAGUGAUUAUGGAGCGGGAGGAUUCAUGCCGUACGGUUUCAGUGGGACCUUAGCUGGAGCUGCCACCUGCUUCUAUGCUUUUGUGGGAUUUGACUGCAUAGCAACAACGGGUGAGGAGGUGAAGAACCCUCAGAGGGCCAUUCCCAUCGGCAUAGUGGUGUCGCUGACCGUGUGUUUCCUGGCAUACUUUGGCGUUUCGGCGGCGCUCACACUUAUGAUGCCGUACUACCUGUUGGAUGAGAAGAGCCCUCUGCCAAUGGCUUUUGAAUAUGUGGGAUGGAGCCCUGCCAAAUAUGUGGUUGCGGUCGGUUCACUUUGCGCCCUGUCUACCAGUCUGCUGGGCUCCAUUUUCCCUAUGCCUCGUGUAAUCUAUGCUAUGGCAGAGGAUGGGGUGCUUUUCAAAGCCUUAGCCCGAAUCAAUCCUAAAACGAAGACCCCCCUUAUUGCCACUGUGACCUCCGGUGUAGUCGCAGCCAUCAUGGCUUUCCUGUUUGACCUCAAAGCUCUGGUCGACAUGAUGUCCAUUGGAACGCUGCUGGCCUACUCACUGGUUGCUAUGUGUGUGCUGAUUCUCAGGUACCAGCCUGAUGGUGCUCUGGAGCGGCGAGGAAGAGGAGUCUGUGAGAAGGACUACCUGAACUCUGUGGAGGGCGAGUCUGAACUCACCGAAUCGGAAUCGCACCUCAACAAACUCAAAGCAGGCAGCUCAGCUCUGCAGACAGUCCUGCACCCGCCUGCUUCGCCCUCAGAGCAUUCAUCUAGUGUAGUCAACAUGGCCAUCUGUGUCGUAGUCCUGCUGGUGUGUGUGAUCAGCUAUCUGACCACUUACCACAUCGAGUCCAUCUGCGGUCUGAAAGUGUGGAUCCUGGCGUCGCUGACUGCAUGUCUCCUCAUCUUCAGUGGAUGCGUCUUCAUGAUCUGCAGGCAGCCUCAGAGCACUCAGAAGGUCUCCUUCAUGGUUCCCCUUUUGCCUUUUCUGCCGAUUCUGAGCAUCUUCGUUAAUAUUUACCUUAUGGUUCAGCUGAGUGGAGACACUUGGAUACGUUUCUCAGUGUGGAUGGUCAUUGGGUUCUUGAUCUACUUCGGCUACGGUACGUGGCACAGUGUAGAGCGCCAGCGCCUCCACCAGGGCUCUGCAGCAAGCAGCAGCACCCAGGACCACAAGACCACCAGAGCGAAGGAGGCGGGCUUGGCUGCAGUAGAAAAGGAGCAGGACCAGCUCAUCCUCCCAGAGAAGACCAGUCAGUGUUAAAGUUCCCCACGUUAGUCAUAAUAGACUCUGCCAGAUGACAUGGAGACCCACAAUCCAUGCAUAAAGCAUCACCAACGUGGGCCUCGGUACAUCCAAUCUGUGAAAGCCAUGUCAGUAUUUUGUGUCGGUGGUCACAUGAGCAGGAGACUCGGUCGUCAUUCACUGUGAUGGACUCAACACUGCAGACAUUGUGUUUUAUGGAGGAAGUCAUGGGGCACAAUGGGAAGGACAGGUAACACACUGGAGAGUGACAAUCCCUCGGUGUUUAUUAAAAACAUUGCUUGUUAGGGAUUUAGUUUUGCAAUAUUAGGAAGUUUGUCUAAACUGUACGUUCCUAAAUUCCUCUCACCAUUCAAUGGCGUGAGUGUGAGUGUUUUCAUUUUCUGUGCGAGAGUUUUGUAUAAUUGCACACAAGCCACAACAUGAGGCAUCAGUCCAAUCUAAUAAGAUCCAAGUGGAGAGCUAUAACAAAGAAUUCUACCUAAAUAAUAAUGUUCACUUUUGAUUGCCCACAAUUUUAUUUUUUCAUUAUGUUUUUAUAGUGUAAUUUCAAAAAUUGAAAAGUAUUGGUGGAUAUAAGCUCUCAGUAUGCUUCAAUUCUACAUCAUUCCAAACUAUAGUUAUAAUAAUAAACAUACUGUUUAUGUUAACAGUU